UCCCCAGCGACCGUGAUUCUCAAGAGUAUCCCGCCAUCAUGCCUAGCAGCCUUGGAUAGUCAAAGCUUCCAUACAGGUGAGCAAGAGGCCUGGGUUAUAAAUAAGGCAAACGCAGCUAAUUCAGGCACAUUUCGAAAAUAGUUUUUGCUUUCUAGUUUUUUCUCUGUGACUCACCUCUUUAAGUCUGACCUUUUGAUGUGUGCGCUAUAAGUAUCUUUUAGGACCCACCCUAUUCUUGCAACUAGUAUUUUUUUAUAUUGAAUUGUUGAAUAUAUGCAAGCUACCCUUGGACGUUAGAGUGACGGGUGGGUAAGAAACCAAAUAAAUAAAACAAUUAUGUGCAAUAUUAAUUCCCCCCCCCAUGUUUUCACAAUGACCUUCAAAUCAGAUAAUUGCAUUGGUUCACGAGUUGACUUUCCACCCUCAUCCGCAGUGUUUUUACUCAAACCUUUUCUACUGCAUUAUAUCUUUAUUGCAAAAAAAUCCUCUAUUACAAUUAUUUUGCCAUUUUUCUUCCAUUUCGAAUCCUGCCCACGAUUUCAUUUGUCUGCAAUGCUUUUCCAAAGUCCAUGAAAGGCCUCUAUUCUUCUAAUGAAAAGUUCAUCGUUUUCAUGUCUUAAUUUCACUGUCAGCUUUCUGCUUAGUAAUAAAACCAUUUACCUUAUUUUUCUCUCUGCCUUCAAGAGAGAUGGGGGGGUGUCUUUAGUACAUUUGGAGGGGUUUUUGUUUGUUUGUUUUGUUCGUUACCAGCAAACUUGUGCUUACCAGAGGGUUCACCCAUGAAUCACAAAGUUUAAAAAGAAACUGUCCAAAGGCAAGCUGAGUUGGGCACAAAGAUUAGAUGUCACGAUGGGUAUCUUUCACCUCUCCAAAUGGCAAGGAGAGCCUCUGGGACAGGGAAGAACCGUUGACAAAUCCGCUGAAAACAACCCUCCGUAAUCACAUAGGAAUCUGCAUCUUUGUAGGGUUGGCUGCCUUCCUUAACCCUUAAGUCCGAUCUAUUCAUUCGGGUGCUGGCUUGUUCCAUCCCUGGGCUCAGGAGACGAACACUGCAGAACUGGGAGAAGAUUCCCAGCGUUAUAUUGGAAUGAUUCACUGUUCCCAAGUCUUGCCCCUUCUUCCAAUGUGCCUCCGAUGGAAGGGGGCACUUCCUUAAAACGCCCCUUUGCUCCUAGGGUGGCGACAACUCUGGAGGUGGUAGUUGCAGAGCCGAGACAGAAGGACAGGUAAUCUUAUUUAUUUCAUAAUGCUUGGAAAGCGCUCUCGGCGAUGCACACAAACAAAACGGGGGACAAAGCACCUCCCUUUGGGAGGAGGAAGAACAAUGGAUGUCAAAAUAAGGGGGAGCGGCUACACAAAAACACCGCACGCUGUCUAAAAUGGCAUGAGAAGCUUGGCUGAAUCGUGGCUGUGAGAUUUUGUACAUCAAGUAAUAGGGAAGUUAACAAGGCUUGCUUCCAAGUGAAAUGUAUGCAUAGGGAUUGCAACGUAAUAGUCCCUCUGUGUGUGGGGGUGGGGGGGCCACUCGGCAGGUCCAGAUUUAUUUUUACUUAUGUUUUUAAUCUGCAUGCAGAAGCUAGCUCUCCUUUACCACGUCUGUUCAUCCUGUGGUCUGCAGCAACCUCUAGUGUUCAUUUGGUGUGUUUCUUUAAUGAAGGAAGGAUGACGCUCCCAUUACAUUUCCUUUCCACUGUGGAAAUUUCAAUGCACUAUGCAUUGAAAGCUGUAUCAAACUAUUUAAAGCGGUUAUGGCUUUAAAGAAUUCUGGUAACUGUAGUUUUGAUGGUGGAACAGCCUCCCCUGCAUGGUGGACUCUCCUUCAAUGGAAGUUAUUAAGCAGAGGUUAGACAGCCACCUGUCAGCAUAGGAGCCAACUCCUAGGGACUGAGGUCCCUUUGGUCCCCCCAAUAAAAUAUUUGAGGGAUCUGCCCCCCAAAAAAGUUGAGGUGAGUUUCCAUUCAAAGUGUGUGUGUGAUGUUAUGUGAUUAUGUGGGGUGGAGCUCAUCUCCCCCGCCCCCCAAAAGGACAAUAUUUUAUUCAAGUUGGCACCCCUGCCUAUCAGAGACUCUCUAGCUGAGAUCCCUGCUUCACAGGGGGUUGGACUAGAUGAUGCUUGGGUGUCCCUUCCAACUCUAAAGAUCAGGAAGAACUUUCUGACAAUCCAAGUUGUGGAUCGUUCUCCCUUGGGAGGUGGUGGAUUCUCCUUCCUUUAAAUCGGAACCAGUGAAGGUCCUAAGUGUCUGGAGGCAGUUGGAGGAUGGAUGGCGGCUAACGGAUUGAGGUUGAAUCCUGACAAGACAAAUGAUGUUUUGGGGGAACAAGGGGUGGGUGGGUGGGACUUCCUGGUCCUGAAUGGGGUAACUGUGACCCUAAAGGACCAGGUGCACAGCCUGGGAGUCAUUUUGGACUCACAGCUGUCCAUGGAGGCGCAGGUCAAUUCUGCGUCCAGGGCGGCUGUCUACCAGCUCCAUCUGAGACCCUCCCUGCCUGCAGACUGUCUGGCCAGAGUGGUCCAUGCUCUGGUUUUCUCCCGCUUGGACUACUGCCAUGCGCUCUCUGUGGGGCUACCCUCGAAGGUGGCUCAGAAAUGAAAACUAAUCCAGAAUGCAGCAGCUAGACUGGUGACUGCCAGAGGCAUACAUAUAUAUAUGAAUAUAAGUCUCACUUUCCCCCCAAAUUCUGACUGUGAAAAGUUAAAGUGUGGCUUAUAUUCACGACCUUACGGUAUGCAGCCAGCAGCGCAGGGCAAACAGUGCCAGGAGCUCCGCAAAGUGGUUGAAUCGCACACCUGCCCUGUGCAUAGUCCCCUGUCGUCUCCCUCAAAGCUGGGAGGGGAGAGCAAGGAAGGGGGAAAGGCCCUCAGCGCAGAUCCACCCCCUCUGGAGUGCCAGGAGCAGCAAGGAAUGGAGCGGCUUAUAUUCAGGUGUUUUUUUUCUUUUUCCCUCCCCCCCCCCUCCAAUUUUAAAGGUGCAGCUUUUAUUCGGGCCAGUAUGGUACCACGGGUCCUAAAGUAUCUUCAUUGGCUCCCAGUAUGUUCCAUACAUGACCUUUAGAGCCCUAGACGGCCUCGGUCCUGUAUACCUGAAGGAGCGUCUCCACCCCCAUUGUCCAUCCCGGACACUGAGAUCCAGCUCUGAGGGCCUUCUGGCGGUUCCCUCCCUGCGAGAAGUGAGGUUACAGGGAACCAGGCAGAGGGCCUUCUCAGUGGUGGCUCCCGCCCUGUGGAACGCCCUCCCAUCAGAAGUCAAGGAGAUAAAUAACUAUAUUUCAGAAGGCAUCUGAAGACAGCCCUGUAUCGGGAAGCGUUUUAAUGUUUGACGUUUUAUUGUGUUUUAAUAUUCUGUUGGAAGCAGCCCAGAAUGGCUGGGACAACCUAGCCCAUGGGUAGGCAAACUAAGUCCCGGGGGCCGGAUUCGGCCCAAUCGCCUUCUAAAUCUGGCCCACGGACAGUCUGUUUUUACAUGAGUAGAAUGUGUGCUUUUAUUUAGAAUGCAUCUCUGGGUUACUUGUGGAGCCUGCCUGGUGUUUUUACAUGAGUACAUAGCUGUCAACCUUCCCUUUUUUUGCGGGAAAUUCCCUUAUUCCAGCGCAGUUUCCCGCUGCUUCCCACUGCUAUCCCGGAUUGUUAGAUAUCCGGUAGACUGUCCCCAGGACAGGUGAGGCUGCUGAUCCCUUAUUUUCGAGGCUGCAGAUCCCUUAUUUUCGAGGCUGCGGAUCCCUUAUUUUUGAGGCUGCGGAUCCCUUAUUUUCGAGGCUGCGGAUCCCUUAUUUUCGAGGCUGCUGAUCCCUUAUUUUCGAGGCUGCUGAUCCCUUAUUUUCGAGGCUGCGGAUCCCUUAUUUUCGAGGCUGCGGAUCUCUUAUUUUCGAGGCUGCUGAUCCCUUACUUUCGAGGCUGCGGAUCCCUUAUUUUUCAUAUCUGAAAGUUGACAGCUAUGCAUGAGUAGAAUGUGUGCUUUUAUUUAAAAUGCAUCUCUGGGUGAUUUGUGGGGCAUAGGAAUUCGUUCAUAUAGUCCGGCCCCCCACAAGGUCUGAGGGGCAGUGGACCGGCCCCCCUGCUGAAAAAGUUCGCUGACCUAGCCAGAUAGGCAAAAGGUAUCAAGAAUAAAGUUGUCAUCGUUAUCAUCCUCCCCAUCAUUCUUCAAUGGCGGUUUCUAAGCAGAGGUCGGGGAUGCUUCAGCUGCAUUGCGCGCGGGAGGGGGGGGGUCAGACUGGAUGACCCUGUGGGGGGGGUCCCCUUCCAACUCAUUCGACGAUUGACGGGGGGCGGGGCGGCCUUUGAAGCGGGGCCUCCGUCGCUGAGGCCGCUCCCCACCCCCACCCCCUUGCGCAUUUCGCCGGGGUCAGACUGGAUGACCUUGGGGGUGCCCCUCCCGGCGUCGCGUCUGAACGUUCCCCGCCUCCCUCCUCCUCCUCCUCCUCUUUCCCCGCCUCCUCUUCGCCCUUCUUCCCUCCUCCUCCGCCGGCCGCCGCCCCUCGCAAAAUGGCGGCCGGCGCCGGGCCCGUGGCGGGCGGAGGCCUCCCGCCGUCUUUUACCUCAGCCGCGGCGUCGCCUCAGCAGCAGCAGCAGCACCAACCGCCGCCUCCUCCUCCUCCUCCUCCGCCUCAGGCGGCCUCGGCCUCUUCUCCCCUCACGCACAACCACCGCGUCGGGAACCCUCUGCCGGCCUCGUCGUGUCCGGCGGCCCCGGCGUCCGCUUCUCCCGCUCCGCCGCCCUCUCCGCCUUCCCCUCCGGCUCCUCUUCCCCCGCCGGCCUCGGCCUCGUCGUCCUCGCUGGGCCCCCGCGAGCCGGCCUACAACUGGCAGGCCACGAAGCCGACGGUGCAGGAGCGCUUCGCCUUCCUCUUCAACAACGAGGUGCUCAGCGACGUCCACUUCUUGGUGGGGAAAGGCCGAGCGGGGGCCCAGCGCCUCCCCGCCCACAGGUAAGACCCCCCCGAGUCGCCCUCCAAACGCCCCCCCCCAUGUUGGAGGGCAGCCACCCCCACCUCAAAAAGGGUCAUUCAAACGCCCCCCUGGAUUUCAGCCACGUCCAUCGUGCAGAAGCAAACACCCCCCCCCUAGAUUUUAUUUACGUCGGAGCCCCCCCUGGCAGUGGCGUAGCGUGGGGGGUGCAAGGGGGGCGCAACAUCUGGGGGUUUAGGGGGCGCAAAUGACUUGCCUUGCCCCGGGUGCUGGCAACCCACGCUACGCCACUGUUGGGGGCAGAGGAGCGUGGGCGUAGCCAAGCCGCCCCCCUUUAAAUCAAUAGAAAUCAAUGGCAAUGCAUAACUGACUGAGGUUCUGCGCUCCCCCCGUGAUAAGAACCCACGUAAGGGGUUCUCUCUAUGGAUAAGGGGGAAAGGGCAGAUUUUGUUUACAACACACACACACACACACACCCCCAAUAACAAAUCCUGGCUAGGCCCAUGCUUAGGAGCCCCCCCCCAAUAUCCCAUGCCUUUUUGAAAUGGGGAGCAGGGGGAGGGGGGUUGUUGUUGUUGUUGUUUAUGUACUUGGGGGCAACCCUGUCGGAUGGGUGGGGCGCAAAUAAAGGAUCGCAGCGUUAGCGUUUUCAUGUUGUGGUUUUGUGUUGCAACCGCCCCCAGAGCUGCGGGAGUAGGCGAUGUGCAAAUUGAAUGAAUGAAUGAAUGAAUGGAUAAUAUAUUUGGGGGGGGGGGUCGUGCACCCACCCACACCCAAGUCAAUGGGCAUUACGUCUUGUGGGCAGUUAUAGAGGGCAGGGCUUAUCUGCCUCCCCCCCCCCCAUAUUUUAUUCAAGUUAGCACCCCUGGUUGGGGGGCAAGUAGGGAGGGACAACCCCCCCCCAUCGCUGACCUACUUAAAGGGGCGUGGAAAGAGGGGGAUGGCCAUGGGGAGUAGGGGCCUGUUACAGAGCCAUGGGCCUUUUUCAAGGGGGAGGCUGAGAACAGUUAAAUUUGGAGGGCUCUUAAGGGCAAGUUAUUAUGGGGGGGGGCAGGUUACAGUGGGGUUUUGAGUAUGAUUGGGGGGUGGAGAGAACUGUGCUGUACACAUACCCCCCCCCCGUAGGCUGUCAUUCUUUGGAUGUGAUGGACUUGGCUGUUCUUUAUACCGGUAGUUGUUGUUUGUUAUGAAAAUAUGGGUAAAGUUAUGGGACAGGAAGCUGGACAGGAGAGGGGGGCAGUUGUGGGUCCGAGAGAGGGGUGUGUGUGUGUGUGUGUGUGUGUGUGUGACGGGUGGGGCAGCUGCUGGAGGCUUUUGCUGCUGAGAAGGGCUGUGGGGUGGAAGGGGGCUUCAUAGGGACAAAUGGCUGUGCAACCCGCAAGGAAGCAUCUGUGGGAUGGGGUUUAAAGAGGAUGCUGAAGGUCCCGGGUUCAAUUCCUGACAUCUCCAGGUAGGGCUGUGAGUAUUCCCUGCCUGGAAUCCUAAAGAGCUGCUGCAAGCCAGUGUAGGCCCUACUGAGCUAUAAGGCUGAUUCUUAGGUUCCCAUGAGGUCGCAAAUGCAUCCUUGCUGGACUGUGUUGUUGUCUUAUGCUAUUGAUUUUGUUUUUAUGAAUCUCACUAGGAUUUAUCAGAUUGCAUUAUGCUGUGGGAUUAUAUUUAAUGGGAAGCAGACUAGAAACAAAAUGAGUUUGCUUAUUCGCAGCUGGCUUUCCUGAUGCACCUGCAGGCAGAGCUGUAAGCUAGCAAGGAGUGAGCUCCAAUUCUGGCAUGUUAGAGGUUCCGAGUUGUGGCUGGUUACACACUUACUACCCAAAACUAGGGGGAAACUUGCCCUGGAAAUAUGCCACCAUAAUUCUAAAUUACCUAGGUCCACUGAUAGCUUUAUUAGGAGGGCACAUGCAGAAAGGCCCCAGGAAAGAUGCAGCCAGUCUGCGUUCGGCUUGCUUGCUUUUGUUACAGAACUAUUUGUUAUUGGCCAGAUAAAUUUGUUGAUUUCGAACCACAAGGAUGUUCAUUCUGAGCGUCUGGUUGUUCCUGGCUUUGGGCAAGAAAAAUGAUCCAGGCUUCAGGUGGAAUGGAUUAAUUUCUACAAGCGUUUUACGUCAUGCGUUCUCAGAGCAAGCAUGUCUCCUAAUUGGUUGCUGUAGCAGUUAAAAGCAUAUCUGUUUGCAAAUAGAGCUUUUGUAGUGCCCAGGAGCGUAACAAAAAAACCCCAUCUGAUCUUGCAAGUUCCUGUGCCCUUUUACACUAUGGAACUGAUACCUGCUUAGUGUCAGGGCAGCAAUUGUGUUCUGAAAGGUUUCUGCCUGGUUCUCUCUCCCUCUCCCUCCGCGUGUUAAGGACACUAAGCAAGACCAUGUGAUAGCUGCACAUGGCAGAUGCAUGUUGCUCCCGUGUUUAGAUGAAGUAAAAGCCUGUUGGGUUUUACUUAAGUUCUUAAUGCAGUCUAAAUAUUCAUAACUUGCACUGUAAAACAAACAAACAAUUUAUUCUGCCAUUAAUUACAAUGCUUGAAUUUGGAAGUCAUGUUUUUAUUCGUGCUUCGUUCUUUUAUGUUGAAAAAACACCUUUUGACAGCCUGUUUGAAGGGACCCGGGUGGCGCUGUGGGUAAAAGCCUCAGCACCUAGGACUUGCCGAUCGAAAGGUCGGCGGUUCGAAUCUCCGCGGUGGGGUGCGCUCCGUCGUUCGGUCCCAGCGCCUGCCAACCUAGCAGUUCGAAAGCACCCCCGGGUGCAAGUAGAUAAAUAGGGACCGCUUACUAGCGGGAAGGUAAACGGCGUUCCGUGUGCUGCUCUGGCUCGCCAGAUGCAGCUUGUCACGCUGGCCAUGUGACCCGGAAGCGUCUCCGGACAGCGCUGGCCCCCGGCCUAUAGAGUGAGAUGAGCGCACAACCCUAGAGUCUGGCAAGACUGGCCCGUACGGGCAGGGGUACCUUUACCUUUACCUUUACUUUUGAAGGACUAAAGAGCGUAGUUUUCAAUACAUUUGUGUAACAUCCAGGUAUCACAUGGUUGUUAGGGUGCCUGAUAAGUUGAUAACAACCACAAUGUAAAUAAACCUGAUCUAAGUCUGUUCCUUUUUUUUAAGCAUCGUUUUUAUUACUCUGUUGUGUGAGCUGUGCACCAGAGGUUCUGAGGAGGAAGACUAACUUCAGGGCAGCGCACUGUGCAAUACGGUUAUAGCAAAAUCUUAAUUUGUGGUUCUUGUUGUGGGGAAUGGACGAGAUUCAGAGUGCAAUCCAGUCAAUGCCGGAACCCUCUUGUUUGUUCUUUCCAAAUGUCAGGUUUGUGCUGGCUGUGGGCAGUGCGGUCUUUGAUGCCAUGUUCAAUGGAGGGAUGGCUACAACGUCCUCCGAGAUAGAACUACCCGACGUGGAACCGGCGGCUUUCCUUGCUUUGCUGAAGUAAGCCCCCACUUCCUCAGGAGGAACACAGUUCUCCAAAGAAACACCAGGCAAUCGCUCUCCAAGGGCUGGAUUCUAACAGCGGAGCACUUGCUUCCCUUCUGCUUUUUUAAAAUUUAUUUUUAAAGCCACUAGCUCUCAUGGUUAUAUAGAAAUUUUGGGGGAGGAUUCUCAAGACGCCAAGCCUUCAGAUUCUGUGCAACACCUUAAAGUGGCCUCCUGCCCCACAGCCGGCCUUUGCUUUUCUGUUGAAGUUCUCUUUUCCAUCUCCCUCCUUCUUGUAAGUCCUUGAGCAGAUUAAACCCUUUUCUCUUACGAGGCAGCAGGGCUGUGCUUCUGAGACCUGGGCAGCCUUAAGAGCCCGGAGAUUUGUCUUUAAGUUUGUCCCUUUACCACUGGGCCUGCCUUCACCAACAUGGUGACCUCCAGGCAUUGGUUGGGGCUGAUGGGAGUUGUAGGGACCCCCAAGGAUCCUCCAGUCUGACCCCCUGCAGUGCAGGAAUCUCAACUAAAGCAUCCAGGACACAUGGCCAGCCAGCCUCUGCUUAAAAAUCUCCAAGGAAGGUGAGUCCACCACCUCCCUAGGGAGACCGUUCCACUGUGGAGCAGCUCUUAACAUCAGAAAGUUUCUCCUGAUGUUGAGUCGGAAUCUCCUUUCUUGGUUCUUUGGUUUGGGUCUUCCCCUCCAGAGCAGGAGAAAACAAGCUUGCUCCCUCCUCCAGGUGACAGCCCUGAGAUAGUGGAAGAUGGCUCUCAUCUCUUUUCUCAGUCUCCUCUUUUCCAGACUAAACAUGCCCAGCUCUCUCAACCGUUCCUGAUGAGAGAAGCUCCCUGAUUCAUCCCACGGCACCUGCAGCCAGGGGGUGAGGAAAAGACCCUGAGUCUGAAAUCCUGGAGAGCUUCCAGUCAGUGUAGACAAUACUAAGUUAGACAGAACCAGUCUCCUGACUCUGUAUGAGGUAGCUUCCUGCUUUACUAGAACGGAGAUUUUUGUGUGUGAGAGAGUUUUAAUGAACAUUUCAGCUCCAAUGUUUUUGGCUGCAGUCCACAAGGAGUUUGUUUUAUUUCAUUUAUUGUUUAUUUCUGCAGUUUGUCGGUCCUCCUUUGUCAUGUUGACCUGACCCCCUAGGGCAGUUUCCAACAGUUCACUAAGUACAAUAAACACCUAAAAACGUAACAGUUGUUAAAAGCAAUCCAACUAAUAAAACAAGCGUAGACAUACAGCAUAAAAGCAAAUAAGAGUAAGUUACUCCCAGGGGGUGGAUUGUGUGUGUGUGUGUGUGUGUGUUUGUGUAGCUCGUGGAAACCAAGCUUUUAAAUAACCCAUGGAAAGCCAGACUGAAUCAAGUGAAUAUACUUCUUAAAAACAAACAAAAGUUGAAGGUCCAGGUUUGUUUGAGAUGCAGUAUGGUGUAGUGGUUAGAGUGCCAAACUCGGUCUGAGGAGAGCCAUGUACAAAUUGCAUCGCACCCUUAGUCACAAAGCUUGCCAGGUGCAGUUUGAGCAAGUCGCUACCUCUCAGGCUAACAUUAUCCUCACACCCAACCUUGAGAGUUGAAAUGGAGGAGGAGUACAGUAUUAUGCUCUUUGGAAGCAGCCAUUAUUAUUAUUAUUAUUAUUAUUAUUAUUAUUAUUACCCCGCCCCUAUGGCUGGGACUUCCCAGCCACUCUAGGCAGCUUCCAGCACAUACAAAAGCAUAACAAAACAAGCUAUAAAUGUUAUGUAGCAAGUACGCAUACCUGCCCUGCCCAGCCUACCAUGCUCUCCACUCAGAGAGGUCCAUCUUUAAUUUUUAAAAAGAGGUUUCUAGUCCUCCUUGUGCCUGAAAAUUGCAAGAAAGAGGAGGCAGACACCUCCAGGCUUCUGAUGGUGUGCUAUGACUGGGCUGCUGCUGAGUCAGGUGCAAAAUGGAGACCCCCCCAACCUCCCAUUUAUGGGCACGGAGAACCCUUCAUACCUAACAGCUAACCUAUUCCAUGCUAGUGCUGUACCUUAAGUCAAAAUCCUUGUUUUUAAUUGCAGCAGUGCUUUCUUCCUGCCCUCCCUGCUCUCGCUCCCAGGUUUCUCUAUUCUGAUGAGGUUCAGAUAGGGCCAGAGACCGUGAUGACGACCCUUUACACCGCUAAGAAGUACGCCGUCCCCGCGCUCGAAGCCCACUGUGUGGAGUUCCUCAAGAAGAACCUCAGGGCAGAUAACGCCUUCAUGCUCUUAACGCAGGUAUGCUGGCACAGGAGGUUCUGUGCUGGCAGGGGCUGUCGCGAGUGGUGGUCCCCACUGAUCUGGAGGGCGUUGGAAAAGGUGGUGUAGGCCGUGACGGCCAACCUCAGCUGCCCCCCAGUUCUUUGCUGAGACAGUGCCUUUCAAACUCUAUGUGGAAAGGUUGCAUCAUUGGGAACUUCUUAGUUCAGAGAAGAUAAUGUCAAUUAUUAUUAUUUUAUUAUUUAUACCCUGCUCAUCUGGCUGGGUUGCCCCAGCCACUCUGGGCAGUUUCAAACACAUAUGAAAACAUAGUAAAACAUCAAACAUUAAAAACUUCCCAAUACGGGGCUGCCUUCAGGUGUCUUUUAAAAAUUGUGUAGUUCUUUAUCUCCUUGAGAUCUGAUGAGAGGGGCUGUUCCACAGGGUGGGUGCCACCACUGAGAAGGCCCUCUUGCUUGGGUUCCCUGUAACUUCACUUCUCGCAGUGAGAGAACCCCCAGAAGACCCUCAGAGGAGGACCUCAGUGUCUUGGCUGAGUGAUGGGGGUAGAGACUCUCUUUCAGGUAUACUGGGCCGAGGCUAUUUAGGGCUUUAAAGGUCAGCACCAACACUUUGAAUUGUGCUUGGAAAUGGACUAGGAGGCAUUGAAGAUCCUUUAGGACCAGAGUUAUAUGGUCCCGGCGGCCACUCCCAGUCAUCAGUCUAGCUGCCGCAUUCUGGCUGCUGCCCUCCAUAGAGGUCCCCCCCCCACACACAUUUUAAUUAACCUUGUAUAUCUUUUUUUCACUUGCUGGCUGAUGACUGUCUUUCAGGCCAGACUCUUCGAUGAGCCCCAGCUGGCAAGCCUUUGCCUGGAAAACAUAGAUAAGAACACAUCUGAUGCCAUCAACGCAGAAGGCUUCACAGAUAUUGACCUUGGUGAGUAGUCUACUUUGCAGGCUCAGUGGGGAUCGUAGCGUUGGUCGGUUGCUUGGAUAAUUCUCUGUACUGCUUGGGUUCUGGCUUCCUGAAGGGCUGGAAUUGAGCCUGUGUGAAUAAAGGAAAAGGCAGGGGAAGCUGUACUAUUCACAGAAUGCUCCUUGAGCAUUUUCAAAUUCAUGAUAUGCAUUUUUUUAUUUAAAAAAAACCACACACACCAACCCCCAAGUUGCUAGUCCCCAUAGCUGCAAAGCAUGCUGCCAAACAGUUCAUGCAAAACCCAGCAGGGAGAAGUAGCAGAAUAAGACUUCCAGCAAAGGGGAGGGAGUUCUUGCUGUGCCCCUGGGCAGAUGUGCACAAUUACAAAUCUGAUUCCUGCAGAUUGGCACAGCAGUUCAUGGUUGUUGUGUUGUGUGCUGGUGUGUGUGCAUUUGCUGUUUUGGAUACAAGCCUUUGUGGGUCCCAAGUUGAUCCCAGAAACAACCGAUUGAGGCUGUGCCAAUUUGCGUCUGAGCUGAAGCGCCCCUUUCGGCUGCCGGUGGGGAAACUCAGCAUGAUUGAAUGCUCCACCGUACAAUAUCUUGUUUUAAGAUAUUCCUGUGCAUAGAAAGCUUGUGCAUCAAGGGUUUUGGCCUUGCCAUAUCCCUACACCCUACUUUUCUAUGUGCAUUGUGCUUCUUGUUUAUUCUUUAUUUUAAAUGCAUGCAGGAGCAUUUAAGCAUGCAAGUUUGAAGCAAAACGACACGUAAGCCGGGAGACAAGCCUCAUUGGUCGGUAUUUUGUGUCCCAACUAAGUCGGUCUCUGCGUCAGGCGGCAGAGAGGACAUUCUGUCCUUCCGUCUUCCACCAGCCGAAUGCCACAAUGCCCAUUGUCUGGCACACACAGGAUGCUUGCCAACAGAGGUCUCGUUUGUGCUGCUCCAUUCCUCCCAAGCCUCGCAGGAUGAAAAGGGCGAGUGGGAACAGGGCAGGGCAGCCAACAGUAGCAGCGGUGGCUGGCUUGCCCCAUGUGCAGCCUUCCUCCUUCCGUCACGGCGUACCUCUGCAUACGUGCAGAGACUGAUCCGUGCAGAUUUGAGCCCUGGUUCUUCAUCUGUGGCAGCGAUCGUCAGGCUGCUUUGGGGAAAAGUUCUGGUCUUCUUGGCAAGGAGAUCAGAUUGAGAGAGCCAAGCUCCCCGCUAGAACAGCCAGCCUUUGCUGUGUUGGGAGUGUUGCUGCUGCAACUCUCUGAGCUUCCUGUCCCACUGACCUGGUGAUACUUCAGCUUCACCCAACAAGGUGCUUAACUUGUUAGCUCGGGUGUCCCAGGGUGUUGCUGUACUACAACUCCCAUUGUCCAUAGCCAGCUCAGGGAUGGCAGGAAUUUUACCCCCAGUGGGGUUUUGGGACUGGUCUGGAGAGUCCGUGCUCAGGUCUGAGCACUGAGGUUGACAGGACCUGGCCUUUGCCCUCACGUGAGAGCUGCAUUUGCCCCAGAAUUCUCUGCGACUCAGAGCAGUUGGCUCAGUUUGUGACACUUUUCUCAAAGCUGCCUUUCAAAAAUCAGUGAACCUCCCAGGUUCCUUCCUUUCCUGGAUGAAAUGGCAAUGAAAACAGCUCCAUGCCGUCCCCGUUUGCCCUAAUGUGUGGAUAAGGGAGCCUGUGACCCUUCAGGGGGUGCCAGCUCCCAGAAGCCCCAGCGUUGUCAGUGGUCUGGAUGAUGGGAGUUGGAAUCCUGUCAGCAUCUUAGAUGUUGCAAGAAAGAAAUAGCAUUCCUUCUGUGUGCAAGAAAUGGGAACAUGCCUCUUCUCAGAUUAGGGAUGAGGAACAACCGUGAGCUGGCAGCUGGUGUGGGUGACGGAAAUAGCUGCCCAGCAACAUUGUGGAGAGCUGUGGCUGCCCCUCUUCCCUGCCCUCAAGCCCUAUAUCGCCGGGGCCUGCAGCUGACGCCCCACUCUCCUUGCCCGACAGAUACACUGGUGGCUGUCCUGGAGAGGGACACCCUUGGCAUCCGCGAGGUGCGCCUCUUCAACGCGGUGGUCCGGUGGUCAGAGGCCGAGUGCCAGCGGCAGCAGCUGCAGGUGGUCCCAGAAAACAAGCGGAAAACUCUAGGCAAAGCCCUCUCCCUCAUCCGCUUCCCCUUGAUGACCAUCGAGGAGUUCGCAGCGGGUAAGCCGGGAGCCCUUCUUGAAAUCCAGGGGGUCUGGAGACUUAGCAACUGAAUGUCACAGGACCCUAAGCGGCCGUGUAUCCCAAGUCCAGGGUGUCCGCCCUGGAGCCCUUUCAAGCCCUGCCCAGGAUUGAACCCGGGACUUUCUGUUACUGAAGAGCGGAGUCCCCUUUUGGACCACUCGAGGGAGUAUCAUAGCUGAAUGAAGUCGCAAGCAGGAUUCAAAAUGUAAGCAGCAGAAGGGAAAGACGCCGAUUGCAAUAGUGGAAAUAACUGUGGGGUGUAAAUGUGUCAUGUAAUGCAGCAGAAAAAAAGGGUGGGAACAAAAACAUCGUGGAGUUAAGGGUUAAGGAAAAUAAGUAUUAAAGUUGGAAGUUUUUUUUUUAAAAAAAGUCUGAAAUUUAAUAAAAAAGUAAUAUAAAAAAGAGCCUGGGACCUUCUGGAAAGCAGGUGCUCUACUGCCAAACUCUAGGGUCCUUCCCCUAAAUUUAAAUUAAGAUUCUAGUCCUCAUGGUCAUCCAUAAAAGGCCAGCUUAAACAGGAACAGAGGUAGCUGCCUUUUGCCGAAUCAGACCUUUGGCCCAUCUAACUCGAUAUUGUCCACACUGACUGACAGUGGCUCUCCAGGGAUUUGGGCAGGAAGUCCUUCUCAGACCUACCUGGGGGAGCCUUCGGGGAUUGAACCUUCUGCAUGCAGACAGGGUGCUUGCUCUCUUUCACACAGCAAUGGCUAGUCCUCAGUCGCCCUGUGGAUUAUUUCACUGGAAGCUGUUUUGGCCCUUCUCCCCAAAGCUGCUUGCGAAUAAAUACAAGCCAUUAAAAUAAAUGUGCAGAGUUACGUGUGCUGCCAGUUCGCGCAGCCCCACAAAUGCCUCCUGGGAACAAAGAGGCACUUUUGCCGCUUGCUGUGGAGGGCAAAUAUCGAGGGGGAAGCCAGGCAGUGAUGUGGAGCAGAAAAUAUUCCUCUGCUGCCGCUGGGAAAAUUCAGUUUCUAAAAAAAACGGAUUAGUAACACAAUGGAAACUACAGUAGUCAAACUGGUUAGUUUCCAUGUUAUAAUGAACGGCAUCUUUUAAAGAUCUCUUGCAGGCUUCUCAUGAACACCUGGUUGGCCCAGUGUGAGGGCAGGAUGCUGAAUCAGGUCCCAACUGAUUUUGAGGCAGCGUCGGGAAGUUUUCCAAUUUAUUCCCGCCCGCCCCCCUGAAAACCCACAUCAGUGGGGCUGGCUCUGGAGAGCAGCUUGAGGUGCUGUGGCAGAAGGGCUCGGGAUGCUUGCAAGAACCAGAGGGUUCAGCGGAUUGGGCGUAGCGCCCCCUUCUCUCUCUCUCUCUCUCUCUCUCUCUCUCUCUCUCUCUCUCCCUCCCUUCCUCCCCCCCCCCCCCCCAGUCCCUGGUUGUUGAUACAAGUUUAUUGACUGGUUCAUCAGCAAAAGUGAAAGGGUUUGUGGCUGGAACAUGUAGGAAUGUGUAGGACAGUUGGUGUUGAUAACUCCCAACGUUGCAGUUUUGAUCCCCUCAUGGUCCCUUCCAGAUCUGCGAUUCUGUUGUUCUAUUUAUUGCAUCUACAUCCCACAUUUUCUCCCAAGAAGCACAUGCUUCUCCCUCCUCCUCAUUUAAUCCCCACAGGGGAUUAACUGCAAGGGAAGUUAGGCUGAGAAGCAGUUACUGGCUGCAAGAUCGCUCUGUGAGCUUCAUGGCCAAGCGGGAAUUCGAACCCUGGUCUCCCAGAUCUUAUGCCACUAGACCACAGUGGCUGCUGCGAGGAAACUGUUAGCAAACCACAGUUCCCAGGAUUACCUGGGGGAAAUUGUGAUGGUUCAAAGUGGUAUAGGUAAAUGGUAAAGGGACCCCUGACCAUUAGGUCCAGUCGUGGCUGACUCUGGGGUUGCGGCGCUCAUCUUGCUUUACUGGCCGAGGGAGCUGGUGUACAGCUUCCGGGUCAUGUGGCCAGCAUGACUAAGCCGCUUCUGGCAAACCAGAGCAGCGCACGGAAACGCCGUUUACCUUCCCGCUGGAGCGGUACCUAUUCAUUUGACGUGCUUUCGAACUGCGAGGUUGGCAGGAGCUGGGACCGAGUGACGGGAGCUCACCCUGUCACGGGGAUUCGAACCACCGACCUUUUGAUCAGCAAGUCCUAGGCUCUGUGGUUUAACCCACAGCACCACCCGUGUCCCCAAAGUGGUAUAAGAGUGCUGUAAAUGUAUAUUGUGGAUGCAGCACCCACUGGCUUGGUCCUGACCGGGUAUUUUGCCAGCACGCGAUGAGGCGUCCUCGGCAGCCAUUCUCCAGCCAAACAUUCACACACACUACUUGGGGGCGGAGAAUGCAGCCUCUGCAGUCACAGUCUUUCUGAACAGACUAGCAGCUGUGCUGCCGCCACAGCUUUCCCUCCAGAGCAAAUAUUUGCUGAAGGGCUUUGCGGCCAGGAACUGUUGGCAGCAGGCAAAAGCUGUGAAGCAACUGCCCCUCCCCCCCCCCCCCCGGUGGUGGAUUUUGGAUAAAGUGUGAGAGAGUAUGAUGUGGGCAGGAGGACACUGUCCCUCAUAGAAUCACAGAAUGGUAGAGCUGGAAGGGACCCCUAAAGGUCAUCCAGCCCAGCCCCCUGCAAUGCAGGAAUCUCAGCUAAAGCUUCUGGGACAGAGGGCCAUUCCACCUCUGCGUUGAGGGGAAGGGCCGUUGCUCAGCAGCAGAGCAUCUCCAGGUGGGAUGGGAAUGCCCUCUGUCUGAAGCCAAGUUGGAAGGACAUCUAAUUCAGGGAUGGAUAAGGCCAAGGGCCACAUGACCUGAGGCACAUGACAGUGGUGGGCGGGGCCAGACGCUAGUGUCUGUGCAUACUACUACUGCUAAGUUUAUAUGCCACCCAUCUGACUGGGUUACCCCAGGCAUUCUGGGCAGUUUCCAGAAAAUUAAAACACAGUGAAACAUCACACAUUUAAAACUUUUCCUAUACAGAGCUGCCUUCAGAUGUCUUCUAAAAGUCAGAUAGUUGUUUAUUUCUUUGACAUCUGCUGGGAGGGCAUUCCACACGAGGUGCCACCACCAAGAAGGCCCUCUGCCUGGUUCCCUUUAAUCUCACUUCUCACAGUGAGGGAACCACCAGAAGACAUUCAAGUUGGACUUCAGUGUCUGGGCUGGACGAUGGGGGUGGAGACGCUCCUUCAGGGAUACAGGGCCGUUUAGGGCUUUAAAGCUCAACACUUUCAGUUUCAUUAGAUGACCCCGAUUUCUAGCAGUGCGGGAAAAGGAGAGGAUCAUUUCUCCUGUCCUUAUUUUCUUCAUGUCGUGUUUCAGCUUUGUAAGCUCUUUCCUAGAAACAUGGUAGCAGUGAAUUGUAGUUUUGGAGUGGAGAGAUAUUAUUAUUAUUAUUAUUAUUAUUAUUAUUAUUAGUAGUAGUAGUAGUAGUAGUAGUAGUAGUAGUAGUAGUAGUAGUAUAUUGCCGUAUGCCUGCAGGUCUCAGGGCAGUUACAACUAUACUUGGAUUUAGUUCCCCAUAGCAAUCUGCUCCGUGACCCUGAACAGUUGCCCAGACAUGUUCUCCCUCUUCCUCUCUCGGGUAAGAACAUCCUAAAGAGUCCUGCAGCUGGAUCAGGGCGACAAGGGGCCCGCCUCAUCCAGCCUCCUGUUCCCACAUUGGCCAACCAGAUGCCUCAAGGGGAGCCCUCAAGCAGGACCCAGGCGCAAGAGCAACUCUCCUCUUUCGUGAUUCUCAAACCCUGGUAUUUGGAGGCAUUUACUUCCUCCGACAGUUGGGAGAGAGUAUGGAUGCAGGAGCUCAUAGCCAUGAAUCGCCUUCUCUGUGAAUAUGUCUAAUCCUCGUUUGAAGUCACCUGGGUUGGUGACCAUCCCUGCGCCUGGCAGGAGCAAAUCCCACAGUUUAAACUGCACAAUUAAACUACAAAAUUCCCCUCCAGAGUAACCUUGGCCGGAUGUGACUUGGUUGUGACAAUUCAAUAUUUUUACAGGUUUUUUUAAAAAAAAUGUAGUGCUUUAUGUCUUGCGACUUGCUGUCAUCUUAAUCGAUUAUAGUCUAGUAAUGAUUUGUUGUAAUCAUUGAAGGUGAUUAUUUAGUGAGAGUUUGAGAGUUAAUUUUGCUGUGUAAUAUCAUAUUCCAAACGGAUUAUCGAACAUUACAUUAUUCAAUAGAAGCUGUUUAUUUUUCAUUACGACCUGCUUGCAUCGGACAGGGCUGCUAUAAGCCGCGUGAGCUUCGUUGUGCAUUUUGUCGUUUCUUCGGCUUGUAAAUGGCCUCGUGCAAUGUGGAAAGGCAGCGUACAAAUUAAAAGCAAAAUGAAAUUAAAAGAACAAGGGAGGGACCAAGUAAAAAAACCAGUAAACGUGGUAUUGACGCUCACGCUGUCCUUCUUGAUGUUUCCUGCUGCCUUUCCCCAGGGCCAGCUCAGUCGGGCAUCUUGACCGACCGCGAAGUGGUCAGCCUGUUCCUGCACUUCACCGUCAACCCCAAGCCGCGGGUGGAGUUCAUCGACCGCCCCCGCUGCUGCCUGCGUGGGAAGGAAUGUAGCAUCAACCGCUUCCAGCAGGUGGAGAGCCGCUGGGGGUACAGUGGGACCAGCGACCGGAUCAGGUGGGACCUGGGGCCCUGACGCCACUCGCCUGCUCCCCAGCAGAGAGCCUUCUCCCGCGGCUUGUCCAGCUGGGUUGGGAGGGAGGCUUCUGCAACACUUGGAGCAGGCACCGGGGUUCCCCAGAUCCUGGCGCCUUCCAGGUAUUGCCAGACUACGACUCCCAGCAGUCAAGGGUGACGGGAGGCAGGAGUCCAACGUCUGGAGCGUCCGAGAUUCUCCAUCCCGGAUUUAAAAAGCAGCAUUUCAGCAUUUCCCUUAAGGUCCAUAAAUAGCAAAAUCCUAGAGGUCCCGGGCCCUAAGAAAGUCAGAUUAGCCUCAACUCAAAACUGGCCCCGGCCUGGUGGAAAGCCCUCUCUUAUGAGACCAGGGCCCUGCAGGAUCUGAUUUCUUUCUGCAGGGCCUGUAAGACAGAGUUGUUCCGCCUGGCCUUUGGCUUGGAAUCAACUUGAUUCCCUUCCCCUCUUUCCUUUCUCCUUCUAUGAUGAAACUCCUAUUUGGGGACUUCCCUGGCUUUUUUCUGGCCCACGUAGGACCAGUCUGGAUGGUUGGCCUUGGUGAAGACUUGACGUUUUCAUCCCCAAAAAAGUUUUUGAUUUGAAUUCCUGCUGUAAUGAGGCUGCAUUUUAAUGUUGUAUUUUAAUCUUGUUUUUAAGUUGUAUUUCAAUCAAUUGUUUUUAUACCAGUGUUUGCCGCCCUGGCUGGGGAGGGCGGGGUAUAAAUAAAAUUUAAUAGUAAUAAUACUGAUACUGCAGGCAAGAGAUGAAAGAGCGCCUCUCCUGAGAACAGGGAAUGCAUCUUCUUAGACCAGGGGAGGGGAAACCUGUCGCCCUCAAGGCAGUGUUUGAAAUUCGUGAGGCGCACUUUGCACCUGGAUAUUGGCCAUUUGGAACCAAGUGAAGAUGCCUAGGCACUCGGAUGGCUCCUGACAUCUCCACCAUCCGGGGAUCUGGACCGUUUUCACACACUAAGGCUCCAUCCUGUAGAAUUCUAUCAGUUAUAUUUUAUCCGCCCAAUUGGAAUGAAUUUCAGCAACCAAAAUGCUUUUUUCUGUGCGUCCUGAGCAGGAGCAGGGAACAGCGUUAUAGCAAAUUGUUGUCGCUUGUCUUUGCUUCCCGCCCCCUGCCCUGCUCACAGUUGUGAAUAAUAUCCCCACGUCCAUGUCACCAUUAGGAAAAAGAGGUCGGAAUAGGCCAAUAUAUAUGUGGACUGUCCCUGGGUCAAGGGACUUUUCUUCUUUCAGUUCUCAAAGUUUUUAAGCCAGCUCAAGGCAUCCGAACCAGCCAGAUGUUUAACUGAGAAUCCACAGUCAGUCCCUCAUUUUAAAAACAAGACUUUAUAGCUGUCUUGCUCAAAAAUGGCAACUAGACAUUCCAUUUUGGUGAUAGUAACCUUGAUUUAAGGAGCCUUUUGGCAUAUCUGAGUUUCUAACACUGCCUCCAUGAGUUGCUGGGUUCCUCCUUGCGUUGGCCCCUGGCCACCUUGGCUGCUGUGUCAGGGAUGCUGCGAGCAGGAGUCUGGUGUCAUCUGUGAGACCCCCAAGCCCACCCACCCCAGCAACCUUCGCUUGCCUGUAUCCAGCAGAAUUUUUCUGUGCUUGAUCUUCUGUACUUUCCCUCUCCAACCCUCCAGGUUCUCUGUCAACAAAAGGAUAUUUAUCGUUGGAUUCGGGUUGUAUGGAUCCAUCCACGGCCCAACAGAUUAUCAAGUAAAUAUACAGGUAGAGAACUCUCCAGGUUUUGACUUGGGGCAGGGGCGGGCGAGGUGGGGCAAGGACAAAGAUCCGCAAAAGGGGCCAGGCAGUUGAACAGAUAAAUGGGGGAUCUGCUGAGAAAGAGAGGAAGGGAGAGGGGCGUAACUGACUUCCAUCUGCUUUUCCGUCCGUCCACCAACCGAUGGUUGUUGAGGAAAUGUGGUACCCAGGGAUGGGAGGCAGUGGAGGGAAGUUUUCCCACAAAUACUUUUUAGAUGCUUGUUUUUGAAGAAAAGUGGAGCUUCCAGUGGCUGAGUGGAAGAUCCCAUAGCAAAGGAAAAACCCCGGUAAAUCCAGGGUGGGUUGACUUUUAUAUUAAAAAGUAUUUCAUGUUGUUAAAAACAACUGUGUGUGUCUGAGCGCAAUACUGCAGAGCAGGACAGCAUCGGCGAGAUCAGAGUUUCCAAAAGCUGUGGGUCUCCAGCUGCUUUUGAACUAAAACUCCCAUUCUCCCUAGCUACCAGGAUCCAUGGUCAGGGAUGAUGGGAAUCGUAGUCCCAAAACAGAUGGAGGGCCAAGUUUGGGAAGCCCAGGGCUAGGUGGACUCGGAAUUCUGGUUCCGUAGGCCAGGGAGAGGAGUUUACAUCUUCAUUUGCAGAGAUGUCGUGAGUUUAAAAGGUUUCCCUUUGUUUUUGUUUUUCCCUCUCUCUUUCUCUUCCUCCCCUGCCUGCCCCCAGAUUAUUCACACCGACAGCAACACAAUCCUGGGCCAGAAUGACACCGGCUUCAGCUGCGAUGGGUCUUCCAACACUUUCCGGGUCAUGUUUAAAGAGCCCGUUGAGAUCUUGCCCACUGUCAGCUACACAGCCUGUGCCACGUUGAAGGUAACUCUGCACGCUGGGCUGGGGGGGGGGGGGAGCUUUUUCUGCCCUUCAGGGAGAGUGUGCAAACAUUCCCGGUCCUUUUAUAUUUGGUUUUGAAGACGUGCUUUGUCCUGGCUUGGGAAGGUGAGGAGGAGGGGGACCGUCACAGUCCACCAGGGCUGGCCUUGUGGCUCACUUGCUGCCUGUUCCUAUCAUUAUUUUAUUUUAAAAUUCCAUUUAUUAUUCCAUUUAUAUCCACAUCUUUUGUACACGCUUCUUGCUCCUCUCCAUUUUAUCCUCACAACUAAUCCGGAAGGUAGGUUUGGCUGAGAGACGGUGACUAGCCCCCAAAUCACCCAUUUCUGUGGUUUUGUUCUUGUUUUCGUAGUCUUGGGCGAGUAGAAUGGCAAGUGGGCUCCUAACGGUGUUAGAAACUCGAAUAUAUAAGCCAAUCGCCAAAGGGUACCUUAAACUGAGGUAUGUCUAGGUGCCUAACCCCUCCCCCGAUGGUGUUUGUAUAGUGGUAAUAGCUGUUUCCAUUUCAUAUCUAUACCGCUUUAUAUUGUAAAGUAAAAAUCCCAAAGCGGUUGACAACACAUUAAAGCAUCAAAUUUUAUUCCAGAAUAAAACAAAUUCAAAUUUCAAGGAAAAUAUUUCAGAUCCUUCUCUCAGGGACAUUUGGCUGUCCCCCUAUUUAUUUAUUUACCUACUUAAUUUAUAGAGCUUCCCCCUAGCAGAAGGGCUCUAGGAAGGCAGGGUGGCGUAGCGGUUAGAGUGUCAGACCUGGGAGAUCAGGGUUCAAAUCCCCACUCAGUCAUGAAGCUCACCCUGGAGUCAGUCCCAGCCUCUUAGUCCACCUCACAGGGUCGUUGUAGGGAUUAACAUGGGGGGGGUGUUUGAAGCAUGCAAUCCUUGGAGGAAAAGGUGGGAGUUAAAUGUAAAAAAACCAGCUCUUCUGCUGACCUGCUUAAGGAAGCUGGAGGGGGUAGCCAGGUGGAGAUGUCAGUAGCCCACCUGGUGCCCAGAGAUCUCCAAAGGGUCGCAAUUGGACGUGCGCCAGUCGCAAAAAGGGCCUGGCGCUUGGGCAAUUUCUAACAGUGGUUCCUAAAUGUCCCCUCCCCCCCCAACAUGGGCCACGCUUUACGGCUAGUGGACUGUUCAGCCCCAACAUCAGACGCAGGUCUCUCUUGUGUGUGGGGUCGCCAGCCUUGUAAUUGCUCAGGUCAAAUUCGCAGCUGUGGAGCUCACUAACCUAAACGGCCUCAGUCCAGUAUACCUGAAGGAGUGUCUCCACCUCCAUCGUUCUGCCCAGACACUGAGGUCCAGCUCCAAGAGCCUUCUGGUGGUUCCCUCGCUGCGAGAAGCCAAGUUACAGGGAACCAGGCAGAGGGCCUUCUCGGUAGUGGCACCCGCCCUGUGGAACGCCCUCCCACCAGAUGUCAAAGAGAAAAAUAACUACCAAACUUUUAGAAGACAUCUGAAGGCAGCCCUCUUUAGGGAAGCUUUUAAUGUUUAAUAGGUUAUUGUAUUUUAGUGUUCUGUUGGAAGCUGCCCAGAGUGGCUGGGGAAACCCAGCCAGAUGGGCGGGGUAUAAAUGAUAAAUUAUUAUUAUUAUUAUUAUUAUUAUUAUUAUUAUUAUUACCUCAGCUUUGGGGGGCUUUAAAAAGAGGAUUGGACGGAUUUGUGGCAAAGAAAUCUAUUGAUGGGCUCGGAAAAUGCCUCUGAAAACCCCAGGAGAGUUGCUGUUGUGCUUUGAGUCCUGUGUGAGGGUUUACCCCAGGGGCUUCUGGUCGGCCGCUGAGAGUAGGAUGCUGGCCUGGGGCUUGACUGCAAGACUGCUUACAUGCUCUCUCCCUUCUCUCUCCCAGGGCCCCGAUUCCCACUACGGCACCAAAGGGCUCCGCAAAGUGAUCCACGAGUCGCCGACGACGGGCGCCAAGACCUGCUUCACCUUCUGCUACGCCGCCGGCAACAACAACGGCACGUCCGUGGAGGACGGACAGAUCCCCGAGAUCAUCUUCUACACAUAGGGGCCACUGCGGGGGGAUAGCUCGCUCCCGGGCGGACGGCCAUGUGCUGCCCCCCCUCCUCCCGCCUCAUCUCUCCCCCUCCAUGCGCACCCCUUGCGUGUCCUUCCCAGCUGAAACCGCAGGCCGUCCUCUGCCGUUCUGGCAGGAGGGCUGCUAGCCGGGGCUGGGGGCCCAGCAGGGCCGACACCGGGAGCCCACUGACAGGACGAUUCGCUGGCCUGAGUCGGGCCGGGACGGCGGCUAGCAGUUCCUUCUGCCCAGGCCGGCAGCACGGCUCUACCAUUGCAUUGUGAACGUAGCCGUUUCUACAUCCAGCUGUUGCAGUGGGGAGGCGGGGGCAGACUCGCUCUUGCGGAUGGACAAUCCCUGCCAAAGGAAGCCCCCCUCUGUGCCAGGAUCAGGCCGGACAGGGGGAUGUGGCAGGGCAAAGAGGAACUGUGUUUCUGACGGCUUGUCACCUGGCAAGGCUUGACCCAGAACGCCCUUUCUGCAGGACCCUGGCCAACCCAGGCUGCUCCUGCCCUCGCCGGACAACUACCUUGUCGUGUCACAGGACAGAUUUUUUGGGGAGGGACUCGUCCCUGAACGCGAGGCAGUGAGGGUGAUUCGCAGCCACAAAAAAACUUGCCUUGUUUGAAGAGUGGUUGAAGUCCCUGGACUCUGAUCGUCAAUAUGUUGCUUGCUGCUGCUAAUAAUAAUAAUAAUAAUAUAGUGCAACUCAACAAUGCAUUUUACUCUUCUACAGUCUCCUUAUGAGUCUGGUUCCCAUUCACAAGCUGACUGCCGAUUUGCUCGUUUGGGGGUUGGUUUUCGAGCUGGGAGACGUCUUGCUAGGGCUUCGAUGAGCUGCGUUUCCCGAAAACCCAGCAGCCAGAGGUUUAAGAAUCCCCACCCCUAGAAAACCCUGGGCGUCUUGGUGACCUGGCAGAAUUGCAUCAAACCUAGAAGGCUUUUGUGCUAAAGGUGGGAUCCCCACCAGCACUGAUCCCACCCCAUGAAAUCUCCUGCCUGUGGAAACCUGUAAGCAAUUUGCCUUGGGUAGGCAGCUGUCAUCACCUGAACCCUAGCUGUGCUCGAACGCUGGCGCUGCUGGGCUUUUUGAAAAAAAUAAAUGCAAAAAGUUUCUUUGUGGUAGAGCACCCAGUGCAAGUCCCUAUGUUUGUUACCUGCGCUUGUGAGCCUCAAUAUGGCCAGUAUGGAUAAUGGAGCCAUUCCUCAGCUACAAGCUUCUCAUCGGUGCAAAAGCCUUUGUAGGUCUUUGGCUUCUUCCGAAGAGUGCGCUAGUGCAUGUUGCUGCAGAAGUGGCGCAUCAGUUUUGGAGGGGCUUUCGACUGCCUCUCCUCUUCAUUUGCUCUCCACCCCCACCCCCCUUCUUGAGCGGUGUACAUAGACGCCCCCCAGUCUGUAUAUAGAGAUCACUGAAUAGGUUCCAAGCACAGCUACUGACUUUUUGGGUGGCUGAGUAGCUUAAAUUUAACUGCAGUUGCAGCCCGCCCCCCCAAUUGGAAUCUCACUAAUGCGCCCUUCUUGGUUAUAGGAUGUGCUGGGGAUGGUGGUGUUUGUUCACACCAGCCAAAGGCAGAAUCCUGUCCAGUCGAUGGUUCUUGGGCCCUGGUGCGAAUCCUGCCCUUCACAAACUCGCUUGCCCACCAUGCCUAGCCCCCAACCUCUUGGAAGGUCCGACGCGCCUGGAAAUUUGCUCAUGUUAAUUAUGACAGAAAUAUAAUGAAUGUAUCAGAUGUGCUAUAUAUACAUAUUAUAUAUAUAUAUAUAAUUUUCAGUGUUCACCCUGGUUUCUCUCUUUCUGAUUUGUAAAUAGGAAAUCCAAUAAAAGGCAGGUUGUCUUUCAGCAAGGGAUUCUUUGUGAUUCGAAAGGAGACGGUAUGCACACACACUGCAAAAGCGGGGAAUUUAAAACGGCAGAGGGAGAUUCUUUUGCAGACCAGGUCCUUUGCGUAUCAAUAGGGAGAGGGAAACUUCAUUCUGAAUAGUUUGCCUUCGUCGUCUGCCACAUAUUUUGGAUUACCAAUGUCUGCACCAGUGCGGCUUUAAAGGCAGGCCGGUUGCAUUUCCUGGCAAGCGACGGAAGAUGUGUCCAUUUCUUUUUUAAAAAAGGAAACCUCAGCCUCAAAAACUCCUAAGCAGGGUAUAAAUAAUGAAAUGAUUGUUUUAAAAAGGUCUUUUUUUGCUGCAUGUUUUUGCUUUGUCGUGUGAGCUGGGAAGCGUGAUCCAGGAUUUUGCUCGCAUGCGCACAGGCGCUCCUACUCUUGCCAUCCUGGAAGCAAAAUAACAGUGCCUGCACAUCUUGGUUGGCGGGGGCUGAAGGUGCGCUGCUCCCUGUCUUGAUAGCCUUUAAAAACAUGAGGAAUCGACUGUAAAACGAAGAGAUGAAAUUGGUGUUUACGGAAAAAUUGGAGGCCUUUUUUGGACUAUCUCAAAAGUAUUAUAGCAAUAUGAAAUCAUGAGGAUUUGAAGGAGCAGCAGAAAAAAAUUGACAAGACAUGGGUUAGUAACAAAAAUGUAAGCGAAUAUAUACUGUAUGUGAAGUAAAUUUGCU